CGGAGGAUAGUCCAAAGACGUGGUGCCCAAGGUGAUAUAUACACGCGUCCACACGCGCGCACACUCAUAUAUAUAAUGAUCUAUCUAAGACUCCAAUUCCUUAGGAAAAUCAAAGAGAUCAGAGAGAGGCGAACAUGGUUCCCGACGAUACAUUCUCCAUGAAACCUCACGCAAUCUGUUUGCCCUUCCCAGCUCAGAGCCACAUUGGCGCAAUGCUCAAUCUCGCGAAGCUCCUUCAUCACCGGGGCCUCUGCAUCACCUUUGUCAAUACAGAGUUCAACCACAGGCGCCUGCUCGAAGCUGGAGGCCCGAGUUUUCUGGACGAUCUCCCAGUCGGAUUCCAGUUUGUGGCGAUACCCGACGGGCUUCCUCCAUCACAGGCCAAUGCCACCCAGAAUCUUGCUUCCCUGUGCGAGUCAGCUUGGCACCUCAUGGGAGCUCCGAUCUGCACUCUCAUCGGCGAUCUGAACGGGAGGGAGGAUUCUGUUUCGGGCUUCCCACCGGUCUCCUGCAUUGUGGCCGACGCUACCAUGACGCUCUCCGCUGAUAUUGCUAGUGAGAAGUACGGGAUCCCCCUCGUGAACUUGUACACUAUUUCGGCCUGUGCCAUGUUGGCAUUCCGGUAUCUUCCUAAGCUCAAGGAGAAAGGUUUGAUGCCACCAAAUGUCUGUUUAGACACAAAAAUUGAUUGGAUCCCAGGCAUGAUGAACAUGAGGAUACGUGACAUGCCAACUAUGGACGGAACCAUGGAUCCCGAUGACAUCAUAUUAAAUUUCAGUGCCGCAAUACAAGCAAGAUUUGAUAAGGGUAUUGCAACGAUCAUUCACACUGUCGAACCACUAGAAGUAGAUGUUUUGAAUGCUCUCUCGUCUAUGGCCGCCAUCCCUGUUUAUGCAGUCGGUCCAUUUCAGCUACUUAUCGAUCGAAAUCUGGAAAACGAGAAUCGUCUGAAGCACAUUGGAAGCAACCUAUGGAAAGAAGAUACGGACUGUCUUCAGUGGCUCGACUCACAGAAGCCCGAAUCGGUGCUCUAUAUAAAUUUUGGAAGCAUAGCAUUUUUGACAUCUCAACAGCUAAUUGAGUUUGCUAUGGGGAUUGCUAAUAGUAGUCAUCCAUUCCUAUGGAUAAUAAGACCCGAUCUAGUGAAGGGGGACGCGGCAAUACUUCCUCUAGAAUUUAAUGAAACAACGAAGGGGAGAGCCUUCAUUUCAGAAUGGUGCCCGCAAGAGGAAGUACUCAAUCACCCUUCGGUCGGAGGGUUCCUGACUCACUGCGGAUGGAACUCAACGCUUGAGACCUUAACUGCUGGUGUCCCGAUGUUGUGUUGGCCCUUUAUGGGAGACCAACGAACGAUCUGCAAGUACACAUGCUCGGAUUGGGAGGUUGGACUAGAGAUCGGAAGCGAUGUGAAGCGAGACGAAGUGGAGAGGGUGGUGAAGGAAUUGAUGGAAAGAGAGAAGGGAAAGCAAAUGAAGAGAAGGGCAAUGGAGUGGAAGCAAAUAGUAUUCGAGGCAACGAGCGAACAUGGUUCGUCGUCUAUAAAUUUGGACAAAAUAGUGUCUAAGAUUAUCUCUAAUAAGUAGAUUAUUAUUAAGCAUCUUAACAAUGUAAGCGACCGAAAUUCAACAUUUUUGUUCUUCGCGUCAUUUAAAGAAUAAAAUAUCUGUCUACUUUCUUCUUUGAUAAA